CUGUGGUGAACAUGAAGCCGAAAGCUGAAUCACAUGCUUAAAAAAGAGGCCAGAGUCUGCUUAGAGGUCUGCCAUUUCUUCGGAUUAGCUUUUCAUCUGUUUGUUGUCAUAAUAGGAAGACAGUAGCUCUUAAAUCCUUUUCAGGGCUGAUUUGGGCAACAUGAGGGCAAGAAACGGUGCUGUAACAACUUCCAUGUUGAUCAACAAGGGAGAUUUUUGAGUGUGAAGAAGUCAGGGAACCAUGAAGAUGCAAUACCUGGAACUGCUACUGAGGACCUCACCCUCUCCUCUAGUAAGGAAUUCGGCACUUCCCUCAAACCAUGAGCAACGUGGACUAUUGCACGCCUCAGCCUUCACGUCGGCACAACCCCGUGGACAGCAUUUGCCGCAAGCUUCAGACCAUCCAGUGGCGUGGUGACAGGGAACCCAAUUCACCCUUCCAGAUCCCUAGACUCUCUUCCAGCAGUUACGACAGCCCUCAGUGCGGCCUCAGGCACAACCUGGAAGCCAUCCUCAAGAAAGGCACCAUCCUCAGAGACGAGGUGGAAAGGGUUCAAGGGAUGGGGAUGCCAAGCUCCCACAGCAGUGGCCUUGGUUCCUACGUACCCCUCUCAACUCCCAAAUGCAGUCCAUCCACACCAGCUAAUGUCACAUACACAAUCACAAGCACCCUGGGAGAGAGGAGAGGUCCUGAUGGCAGUGAUUUAAAACAUGUGAGGACAUGGCAGAGGUAUUGUUCAACACCCGCAGGCCAGUCCAGAGACUCCCCUUACUUUACGUUCACCCGAGGGCCAAACCCGGCGCAGACUGAGAGCGACAGCCGGAGCUCGAGUCCUCCUUUGUCCCGCACUUUCACGUCGAGGAACAGCACCCUCUCCUACAAUGUGAACUUCUGCUCUGCAGACGCAGCAAAUUCAGCAGAGUGUGAGCUGCCCUACCCCGCACUGGUGGUGAAAAGACUUUCCAUGGGAGAUGGAGCUCUUUCAGGGACGUCGGUUAACUCUGAAAAUGGAAGAAAUAUGGCAGAAAUCAGCCUCAUCUGUGAAGAGAAUCUGCUCGAUACCAUAUUUCAUGCUUGUGACACCCAACGCAGAGGUAAAGUGUAUGUGUCUCAUAUUGUCAACUACCUGCGUCACACAACCAGUCGAAGCUCUGAAGACAGUGGAUUAGAGGAACUUUGCAACAUGCUGGACCCAGAACGUAAAGACGUGUCCAUUGAUCUUGACACCUACCAUGCUGUCAUGAAGGAGUGGAUAGACGACUGCCGCAAUAGCAGAGAAGUCUCAGCAGAGAACUACACCCAGGAAGACUCAAUUAAACUCAAAGAUGGUGCCUCUGCCCGAAGGUCUAUGUUGCUAAAUAUAACAUCGGGAAGCUUGGAGGCCUUUGGUGGAGAGGCAUCUAGAGUGGAAUUUGAAACAUCAGAGCUGGUAUAUUGUGUCGCUGAUCUUCAGAUGAGCAACCAAAAGCUUCAGGAAGAGGUACGGAAGCUGAAGCAGGUGGUGGAGAGCAUGGAGGAGAGCAACCAGAAACUGGCAGAGGAAAACGAGGAUCUGCGCAAUAAAGCUAGGGUAAACCAACAGCUUGCACAGAAGGAGAAGAUGCUGAAAGAAGAGGUGGAAGAGAUGAAGGCAACAUUGAGCUGUACAGAAGAAGGGAGAGCUCGCGCCUCGGCACACAGCAAGCAUAUGGAGAAAGAAAAUCAGAGCCUGAUUACCCAGAUUGCAUCUCUUCAGGAGGAGAACUUUAAGAUCACCAUGGAGACAGACGAGCUCCAGAACAAAAUAAGGGAGCUGUGUGACAUUAAUGCUGACCUUCAGCUGCAAAAUCACUCCUUUGAUGCCGUCAUUGGUGAAAAAGAGUCUAUUAUUGUGGAGAAGAACAGACAGAUAAAUGAGCUGAAGGCAACGGUCGAGGAAUAUUCUGCCAUCACAGAGCUGCUGAGGAAGGAUAAAAACAAGCUUGAGACCCAAAUGCAGAUGAUUCUUCCAGAUCUCGCUGGGGCUAGUCUGGCUUUGUCAGUGGCUUACAGAUUAAACCAGAGCAGCCUGGGAUCCCUGCAGACAGAACUGGCUCUGGCACAGUCUCCACUGGAGACUUCUGCUGGAGUGAACUAUUUGUCCACCACAAUGACCACGGUCUCUUCGCUGGACGAGACGCUGGACAGAGAGUUGUUUCUGAUGCUGCAGGGACCAAACCCUGAACAUGUUUCUCUGGAGUACAAGAGUCUCCUAAACAAACUGAAAAGAGAUUUCAAAGAAGAAGCCAGCUGCGUCUUAUCUGCAGUUCAAAACAUGAUGGAUAACCACACACAGUCCGACGGUAACACCGACCCUGAUCUUCAGACGGUGCAGGCUGAGCUCGAUGCCAGGAGGGCAGACUGGGCUGUCGGCUUGGACCAGCUGGCUCAGUACACUGACUCGUUAGAAAAGGAGCUGAUCAAAAUGGCCGGCAACAUGAGGAGAUCCCGCACUGAGAUCCUCCAGCUUUCAGUCAGGGUGCAGGAGCAGGAGAACCAGAAGCGGCAGCUGUGCGAGGAACUGAAGCAGCUAAAGAUAUCUCAAGACAGCAGAGAGGCCUCAUGCCAAACACCUGCGCCAGAGGAGGAGGAGCCUGACUUGGACUGGGACGAAGAGUUUGCUCUACAGGACUUCUUGAAAAAUGAACUAGCAGUGAGGAACUCCUGGCUGCAGGAUGGGAAAAAAGACUAUCCACCAGAGAGAGUUGAAGAAGAGGAUGGGGAGAAGAGGUGGACGGUAGUGGAUACAGCUGGGGAAGGAGAAGUGAGAGAUACAUCAACUCCUCUUUCCCUCAUCUGUACCGACGUUCAACCUGAUCAAAGCACAUCUGAAGGAAGACGAGAUUUUGCAGCCUGCACAGAGUCAGGACUUGAGGUUAUUCGUCAACCUUUGCAGAAGGCGGCAGCAGUACCACUGAGCGCCCACUCACAGGCUGUCGGCAUAACACACCCAGAGGCGGUUGCUCUCCCUGAUCUGUCCCACUCAGAAAACACAGGUGAACAGACAAGUGAGUUUCCAGAGUUCAACUCCAGCCUUCCAGCUCAAGCUCUAAACUCACCGGCUGAACAGGAUCACAGCACCAAGCCUCCUGAUUCAGCUGCUGCAGAAGCAGAUAUGGCUUCUGCAAGCGACGCGUCGCCUGGAGCAGAUGAGAAGAUUCCCCAGAGCGACAGCAUCCUGUCGACCGGCGAGGAUCCCAGGCAAGAAGAGGAGAAAGAAGACAAGCUAGACGCAAGCGCAGCAGACAUGAACCGGCAUAAGAGUCGUGACCCGUCAGCAGAUAAAUCGGCAGCUGAGGACAGCACAAGUCUCUUACCUGUGGUGGUGGAGGAAGAAGAGACGGUUCAGGAUGAUACCGCUGACGGUCCAGCUCUUCCAACCAGUGUUGCAGCGAUGAACCAGGUCACAAGCACCUCUGAGAGCGGCUCUCCUCAGUCAGAAUCACAAAUUGUACCUAAAAGCCAAUCAGGAGGUGGAAAGAGCAGCACAUCAUCUAACCUCCCCUUUUCACAGAAUCUGGCACACAUCAUGGAUGCUGUUGAGAAGAACCAUAUCCAGGAUGAACCAAGUGAGAUCGGCCUGGUCUCUAGGAGACAAUCAGAUUCAUCCGUGAACUCUGACUCCAACGAUGUCUUCAGAGACGACAGGAACAGCUCAUCACCUACUGAUAAGGAGAUUGAGGCCGAGUUCCAGCGCAUCGCACUGGGAUUCAAAUGUGACAUGUUCACCCUGGAGAAAAGGCUUCGAUUAGAGGAGAGGUCGCGUGACCUUGCAGAAGAAAAUGUUCGCAGAGAAGUGUCCAGCUGCCAAGGCUUGUUGCAGGCUCUCACUCCUUUGUGUGAAGAUGACAGCCAGUCGAUGGAGAUCAUCCAGAGGCUCCAGAAAAACUUAGAUAUUCUGAUCCAGUCCAUGACCAGAGUGUCCAGUCGCUCUGAAAUGCUUGGAGCUAUUCACCAGGAGAAUCGUAUUGGUAAAGCAGUGGAGGUGAUGAUCCAGCACGUUGAGAACCUGAAGAGGACGUACACUAAAGAACACGCUGAACUCCUCGAGCUGAGAGAGGCGCUCAUGCAGAGUGAGAGAUCCUUCGGCUCACAAACGCAAAAAGAUGAUUUCCGGGGCAAGAAGCCGCCAUCGAAAUACAUGCAGGAGAGAUCCAGAAGAGUCAGCACACCUGCUAUUGGAAACAUUCACUUUGGCAUGCCCAGAAUGGGUCAAGAUGGCCCAGAGAGUGAAGUAGAGAGGUUGACCAGGAGAUCCCCGUGGAAUGUGGCAGGGAAGAGCAUGACACGGCCGCCGCUAAAACGGUUUGUUAGCUCUGCGGCCUGGGUUGACACUGAAGACCCCCCUGACAUGACCAAGGGAGCGUCGUGCAGCAGCGCAGACUGCCAGUCGGACGACAAGCCGAAGGAGGCGAUGUUGGAGGAAAGGAGGAGGCCCAGCAUCCCUGAGAAACUCGCCGCUCUCCUUCUGCCCCAGAAGACUCCAAGUCCUUCACCCAGCCCCACAACUACAGAUCCAGGAAUUCCUCAGUCUGUUUCCCAAACCCUGACCAGUUCCAAGGCCUCGGCUGCAGCAGUGGCCAGAGGAAGCAGAGGGCUCUGGCUGUGGUUGGCUAUUGUGGUUGUGCUAGCAGGCCUUCUUGCACUCCUGUUCAGUUUGGUGACGCAGCCAGCAGUCGAUGCAGCGCCGGUGGGGACAGGAGACUCUUGGAUGACCAUCCAGCAGCUGCUGUGGCCUUACGCUGGGCUCCGGCAUAACGGACAACCACCUGUGUAGACGGUGUGUGUGAGGCCGGUGGUUCUGGAGCCCCUCAACCCCUCUGCAGUACGUCUCCUCGCACCAGCGUGGCGAUGGCGGACAGUUUGCCACUCCUGAGCAGAGACUGAUGGGAAGUUUACUGGUGCCUGAAUAUUCCUGAAUCAAGAGUUGCAUUAACAGUACAGGCCAGGCCUUGGGGCUGGGAGGAUGGUCAACCCUACAGAGGAUUUUUUUUUUUUUUUUUUUUUUUUAUGUAUCGGAUCAUGUUUGCUAAUUUAGUCUGUGUUUCUGCUCGUCUCUGUGUUUACAGGAGAGGUUGUGCUGACCAGUGUUUCAACCUGAAACUAUGUAAGGUUUUCACCAGUACUGCUGGAAACAGCUGAUCAUGACGUAACACACUCAGUUAAAUCAUGAUGUGUCUAAAAGAGCUGGUAUAAGCGCUGACCAAUUAUGUCACACUGAGGAAUGAUGGCACAAGUGUGUUGAAACACAUUUCAUUUGCUUAAAGUUAAGAAGACUACAAAUGUUUUAAUAGUUUUUUUUUUAUUUAACUUUCUGGUAACAGAACAUAACAGUUGACUUGGCUAUACUGUUCAUAUAAGCUAAAGUCUACAAACACUGGCUAUGAGUUUAUUUUAUUUUGUUUGAAAUGUAAACAAUUAUUAGCUUUGAGUGGAAAGAGAAGAAUCUUUUUACCUCAAAGCUAAACGUCACCAGGUAUGUACUGGUAUUGUAAUUGUUAUGGAUUUAAGACAAACUUUUUUUUUGUUUUUUAAGGUUGAACACCUUUUUGUUUUUUCGUUUUAAGUUUGAACACCAACUUAAUUUCUUUUUACUUCUUUCUGUGGCUCCCACAGUUUUCAAUUGAAUACACUUUUGUAUGUCCCAAAGAGGAUGCAUGGAUCUUUGCACAAAUAAAGUAGCCUAUUCUGCAAUGAAA